CAACCGGCUUUGUAUUAUUAUAUUGUUUGGCCGGUGAAAACAUCAGCGAGAAGCUUUUCAUUUUUUCCGAGAUUUUGCCGAUUUUCCUCCCAAAAUUUGCGGGGAAAACUCAAUUACCGUUCACCAUGAAUUUUACGAAUGGUGUGAAUGUGAGUGUGGAGACGACAUGCGAAAGUAAAAUACAGGAAAUUGCUUACGAUGGUACUGAGAUCUAUGAAACACCACCAACGCUUUCCGAGACCCUAACAAAAUGUGCAGCACGAAUAGACUUUAGCAAAACAUCCUUGGAGGAUUUGAAAAAGGAGGAAAAAGCUUCAGGCGAUGAGGCCGAUAAAGAUGAUCAAUUUCAACCGAGCCUCUGGCCUUGGGAUUCGGUGCGAAACAAGCUAAACGAUGCUCUGACAGAAGUUUGUGUUCUAUCUGAUGUCUUAGCCAUUGCAAAGGAUAAACGUUACUUGGUGUUGGAUCCAGUUCCGGAUCCAGACGGUGAUGAGACCAAACCCAUUGUUCAGGUGUACAGUCGGAAAAAGGCCUUAAAUCAAGCAGCACAAAUCCUGCUGAGCGGAGCAGAACGUUUGAAAAACACCCAUACAGAGCAACGCAAUCGAAAUGUAUCCGACUUCCAUAUUGAGCUAUUGCGUUUGAGGCAAAAUUGGCGCCUGAAGAAGGUUUCCAAUGCAAUUAUUGGUGAUUUAAGCUACAGAACUGCCGGUUCCAAAUAUGGCAUGAGUGGGACUUUUGAAGUAACAAAGGCCGAGGACAUUGUGGAGGAUGAGGGAGCGUCUUCCUCAACAUCAUCCUCGUCGACAAACACCAAUAAUGGCCUACCAAAUCCAUCGCCUAAAAAUAACUCUUCAUUGCGGGUCAUAGUGCCGGCCGAACUACAAGGUGUUGCCUAUUUUAAGGUGAUAACCCAAAAGGAUCAGGAAGAUCUUUGCACGGCAACGGUUAAUUUGAUGGGACAUGGACCGAAUACCACACAACAAGGAGGUGUUUGGCAAAAGACUAUAGAAGAUGCCCAAAAUGUAUUGUUUUGCAAGGAACUAUUCAGUCAAUUGGCCAGGGAGGCUAUCCAGCUGCAGGCACCUAUACCACAUGUGGUCAUUGGCAAUCAGAUACGUGCUACCUUGCUGCCGGGCAUACAACUAAUCAUCUCUUUGUGUCAUUCAACAACCGUAGAUAGUAAUCAGCUAACACCGGUAAAUGAUCAUGAUCACGAUCAUGUGCUGGAACAUUCAUUGCAUCAGCUGUUGCGUGAGGUGCAUCACAAGAACUCACAUCAUCCAUUCCCCCAUCCGGCCAGUGGUCCGUUGGGACCCAGCAAAAAACGUAUGUUGGCCGGACCAAUGGCAGCCGAUAGGCAAAGUCUGCUGGAGAUGUCAAAAAGUCAGACAAUACUGGAACAGAUUAUUGCCCAGGCACAGCAUAUAUUUAUGCGAAAGCGUACCCAAUAUGUUUUGGACACUCUGGCACGGGAUGUUAAGGAUCCGCAAAUAGUUUCACACUGGAAUGCAAUGACCAGUCCAACAAUGUCGUGUGUCAAAAUUAAUAUUGUUACACAUGGUUAUGACACAUUAAAUCGCACAUCACUUGUCAUUCAUGUACGCGAGCGAUCUCUAAAGGCAAUUUGUCGAGAUGGCCGUGUCAUGCAUUUGUCGUAUGAGCCCCAGGAGUUACGUGAUUUAAUUCUAUGUCAAAUCAAUUCCCAUCAAAUAUCCUGCCUGUUUAACUUAGCUCGUUUAAUGGCCUGGCAGGUACUAUCGAACAGUAAUCACUUGGGCAUUGGCAAAGUGGAACCCUUGGGUAACGCCAGCUCUUGUCUGUUGGCUUCGCCGAAUAGCGAUCGCAUGAUUGCCGUUCAAAUUCGUUGUACCCAAUCACAAAUGGACGUUAAAGUGUAUAUAGCAAAGAGUCCACGACAAGACUUUUUCCCAAAUCCUUUGGUGCCCGAGAAGUUCUGGGAAAAUUUGGGAGGUCAUUUCAAAGAGGUCCGUUUCGAUAAAAUCGAAGGUAAAAGUUUUCUAAAUAAAAUGGAAUUCCUAAUGGCCUCUCUAAACAGCAAUUCAGCCUGAAUGACCAAUAUAUACAGAGGAAAUUAAGAAAAACUAAUAUAAUUUAAUAAUAUUUAAUUAUAAAGAAUUUAAAAUAAACCUGUGUAACUAAGUUUUA